AUGGCAAAUCGACCACUUCGUCCGCUCAAAUCAUCGCCAAUUCCACCGCCAAUCAUCCCUUCGUCAACCCCGGCACCCACCUAUGCUGCUUCGAAUACGUUCGACAAGAAACUUGUGUUACCUGAUCGUGAUCGUUGGCGUGUGCCCGUAGAAGAUGUUUACCUCGAAGGACAACUCGUCAUCUAUGUCAAAACGAAAUCGCUUCUUUGGGAAUCGUAUUCGAAUGUGAAGACUCGUCCACUCACGCUCACUCGUCGUGGAUUUCUCGUCAUUUACAUGAAAGGCAACAAAGGGUACAUCAUUGAUGUUGGUGCAGCUAAAUCGAUCGAAUCUGUCACUGAUAAACGAGGAGCAAAUCCCUAUUACCGCACUCACAUCAAACUGCGCUACAGCUUUGGCAAUGUUCACUUGUGGGGCUUUCAUGAGAAUGGACUCGAUUGGAAAUUGGCUGUUCAAAAGGCGUUCGAGCGAUCGAUUCCACCAUAUCGUUCACCAAUCACAUCCACUCCAAAACGUGUCAUUUUGUCUCCACCACAAACGGACAACGCAAUCACCCCACGUGGCAACGAUGAGAAGAAUGAAGAGACGGAGAUGUUGAGUGCUGCUGAAUACCUCGCUAAAAUGGCAGAUGUGGUCGAAUCGGAGUAUUUAGCUCCCGAGCUUCGUCCCAUUACUCAAACUGAGAGUGCCGUCACGUGGAUGAGCUUGACCGAUGUGAUCAAUGAACAAGAAGAAGAAGAGGCCAAUCAAGAAAGUCCCUAUAAGAAAACGACCGAUUUUCAAGAUGCCGCUACGAACAUUCCCUCAGACACUCAUAUGCAGCGUGUUCGUCGAUUCCUUCGCAAAAGCCUCCCAACAGUUGAUCGAUCCUUUUCCGCUCCUCAUAUGACAGUUGAAGAAAAGCCAGCCAAGCAGCAAUCUCGAACGAAGCCAGCCAAGCAACAAUCUCCAAUGAAGCCAGCGGAUCUUAAUACCUCUGCCAAUCAGGAAAAUGAGCAAAAAUCAUUCAUGCCAAAGCACAAUGUUGCCGAGAUUUGCGCCAAGCUUGAAAAGACUCUUUCAACUCGUCAACCUUCACGCGAGAAGAAAGGUUUCUACCGUUGGAUCAAGAAGACAACGCGUAGCCCAGAAAAGAAAGCACAGAUUGAGAUGAAAGAAUCGAUGACUUCAAUGGUUGGAUAUGAGAAGUCACUCGGAUGGGAAAGGCCGAUGAUUGGAACCGAGUCGGAGACAAAUGUU